CGAUUCUAACCUGAGGUCACCUAAUUUCUUGACUGAACACUGAACGGUUACCUUGUCCUCUACUUUCAAAUUCCAAACAAAUUGCCUUCUCUUUUCAACUUUUACUAUUCCGGAGACCUAGCUUGAAUAAUGGCGGUAUCAUCAUCAUCAUCGUCACUGCCAGUUCUCUCUCCAUUGCACUUUAACAUCAACAAGAACCUCGCUGCUACAUAUUCUUGUUCUAGCAUUCCUCUCUUCAGUGUCUCCACCAAACCACACAAUCGCUCUUCUGUCGUUGUCGUUUCCUCCUGCAGUGGUGGUUUGACGAGCAAGGACAAAAAAUUGUUGGUCGAGCGAUACGGUUUCGAUCCUAAUGAGUUCUUAUCCGAAACUAAGACAAGGAGAAGAGGGGAAGACCAAAAGACGCGAAGAGGAAAGCAAACCGCAGAGGAGGAAUCUAAGCCACCACGAACCACUCACAAGUUGCUUCAGGUUCUUGGAGGAAAAGCAAAAAGAAAGAAGUUGCUUUCACCAAAGGGAAUGGAUGUGCGACCAAUGAUGGAAGUUGUAAAAGGGGCUGCCUUUGACAUAUUGCAGGUAGCUGGUGGCUGUCCUGCAUCUUUGCGGCCUGGUCGGUGGUUGGACUUGUACAGCGGUACUGGAUCUGUUGGUAUUGAAGCAAUCAGCCGUGGAUGUUCUAAGGUGCACUUUGUGGAGAUGGAUCCUUGGGUAGUCUCAAAUGUUCUGCAACCAAACUUGGAAUGUAUUGGGUUUCUUGAUGUUUCAGUUAUACACACUGUUCGGGUUGAAAACUUCUUGGAAGAGGCAGGUCAUUUUAUAGAUGGACCAUUUGAUUACAUCAGUGUUACACCUCCAUACACAGAAGUUAACUAUGAGGUACUAAUGUGUCAGAUUUCUAAGUCGGCAGUGGUUGGAGAAGAUACUUUUAUAGUAGUGGAGUAUCCCUUAAGAACUGACAUGCUUGAUUCAUGUGGAUGCCUCGUAAAGGUAUUUCUCAUAACCCGUUGUUUUUUCUUUAAUAUUUAUGAAUAAAAGAAAAUUAAUAUAUGCUCCACAUAAUGCUCUGGAGUUUUAGGGACAGACAUUAAUUUCAAAUUACAGACCUGAUUGAUUGGCUUGUUGCUCAGUUACAAGUUUAGAAAUUUAGAAGCUGAAGUAGUUUAGUGCAUGCAGAUUGAUUUCCUAAUUGAAUUGUGACCUUAUUGCAUGUUCUUUUCAAAUGGAACAGAACUAUAUGCUAU